GCACUUGUCUUUCACUCUCAUUCGUCGUGAAAACCCUUUUCCGCUUCGUACAUUCAAAGCCCUAAAUCUCAAACCUUUGAUGCAUGUCUGGCCUUCCCUCAUUCUGAUUGAUUUGAAGAAAGAGAAACCGUAAGGAUUAAACACCAACCAAUCUCUACUUCUACUUUUUCUUUUUCUAUGCUCAAAUUUACUUUCGUAAAUCCUUGCUUGAACAAAAUCUAGUACUAUACGAAUCAAAAUCCACCUUCACUUUGGGUCUGUCUGUUUUCGAUUUCAACUAAUGGAUAACAAUGGCGUGAAAAGAGGGGUUAAAAGGAGAUCAUCAUCAUCAUCAUCAAUGGGCGAUGAUGACAGAAUUUCGAAACUACCUGAUGCAGUGCUCCUUCACAUCAUGUCGUUUCUCCCCACUGAAGAUGUGGUUCGGACAUGCAUUCUUUCCAAGCGUUGGAAGCUCAUCUGGUAUUCAGUUCCCACACUCUUUUUCUCCAAUACUACUACUACUACCCAAUCGGAACAGCGCCGAGAAAAGCUAAAGCUUUACAAUUAUGUCGAAAAAUACUUGGAACACCGCAAGAAAGGUAUUUACUUUAUAGGCGAUUCAGUCAUAACCAGUUUUAAGCUUGAGAUUGAUUUCGAUCAUACAAGUAAGGAUGCCCCAUCUAGAUAAAUGGUUAGCUUUUGCGGUUGAGAAUAAGGUCAGGGAAAUACAUCUUCUCAUAGGCAGUUACACUUCCGACAUCUACUGCUUACCCAAAACACUAGACAAUGCAACAUAUUUGACUGUUCUGGAGUUGCAAAGUGUAGUGUUGGAUCCUUCCUAUUCCCUUAGUUUUCCAUUUUUAAAAACUUUGUCACUGGUAUUUGUUCAGCAUUCAGAAACUGCAAAAGAUGAUGUGCUAUGUAAGAUUUUGUUGGGUUGUCCUUCUCUUGAGAAGUUGAGGGUACAUUAUUAUGAUUUCUUAUGCAAUGGUGAUAAGCUUCGACUGCGAAGUUCAAGCCUUAAGUUCUUGGAACUUAUAUAUGCUGACUGUAUUGAUGAGUUACAAAUUGAAGCCAUAAAUCUUGAAUCUUUGGUACUAAAUGGUGAUUCCGUGUCCGUCUACAAUAUAAUAGAUAUCUCUGCUUGCAAGAAAAUUAGAAAUCUCUCAUUAGAUGAUACUAGUAGUGAUGAAUUCAAGCCAUCAUUACAGGCUCUUAUUUCUAAUAAUCCUCUUCUUGAGAAUUUGACUUUGAUCGACUGCAUUUCAUAUAUGAACCAUCUCAGAAUCUCGACUCAACACUUGAAAAGUUUCAAUUUCAAGAAUUCUUACUCGACCAAGAGCAAUAUUACAAUUGAAUCAACUCCAGAAUUAGCACACUUUUGUUACAAAGGUCAUAUUGAUCUAAGCAUAUCAAUAGAGCCAUCUAAUCGGUUGAGUGGAAAAAUUGUAAUUUAUGGGAAGGAGUCGAGGGGGUUUAUGUAUGCUGACUAUGAUGCAGUCUGGUUUACUGAUAUGUUAAAUUUUCUUUUGAAUCUCAAUUGCUCUUGGAAUAUUGUGAGCCUACAUGUUGAAAGAUACGAGGCUCUCAUUUGGCCAGAAAAGUUGAAGAGGGUAUGCCGUUCGCCCUUGCUUAAUUGGAAGCAUCUCAGAGUUAUUACUAAAUAUCGUACCGCUGAAAGAAGAGCUCAUGAAAUAAUGUCAGAUUUGAAGGACUCCUUGAUGUGGAUUUCACCUUCUCUAGAAACAAAAAGAGUGUCAGAUUUGAAGGACUCCUUGAUGUGGAUUUCACCUUCUCUAGAAACAUUAUCUAUUAACAACAAGCAGAUAUUUUAGUUGCUUCAAAUAUUUUCUUUAGUUGAAAGAGUGUCAGAUUUGAAGGACUCCUUGAUGUGGAUUUCACCUUCUCUAUAGACAUUAUCUAUUAACAAAAAGCAGAUAUUUUAGUUGCUUCAAAAUAUUGUUGUAACUGCUGGUUAUGAGUUGGGAUGGGUGUCUUUAUUAGUUUUAGAAAAUGGUACUAUAGUCUUUCUGGGUUUCUUUCUUAUAUUUUUUUGUGAACUUAUUUUAUAAACUGUUGCAAAUUCUGUCUGGUCUACUACAAACUUGACAUCACUACACCUUCCCUUUGUAAUGAACGUGAUAUAUGAAGUUUAUUAGCAAAUUUUCUGAAUGCAAA